AGGCACGGUAUGGCAACAGAGGCAGAAGAAGAGGCUUUCCAGAUGGCGCACAGAUGGGGGCGAGGUGCAGGCAGUGCGCCGUGCGACGUCGCCGACGCUUAGCCUAUGGCCGGCGGCCAGUGCGCGCGCCGUCCGGGGAUGGCGUGGCCGGGCGCCCGCGCGACACAGGCGCACUGCCGGGACGCACAAGGGACGCGCAACGCCCUCGCCGCUCCUUCUCAUCAGAGCCGAGCGCCGCUCUCUUGUCUGCCCACCACCACGCCACAUCCCACCGGCGCACCCACUCCACCCCUCUACCACCCACACACACUCGCCCACCAUGUCGUCGCAGGAGCAGACGCCGCAGCAGAUCGCUGGCCUCGUGUACAACGACAUCGAGGACAUCAAGGAGAUCAACGCCGGCCUGCGCAAGGCCUUCCUCACGGGCAAGACGCGCUCGCUCGAGUACCGCAAGAACCAGCUCAAGCAGCUCAGCUUCAUGCUCAAUGACAACCAGGACGCCAUCGUCGAGGCGAUCCGCAAGGACCUCGGCCGCGCGCGCUUCGAGUCCGUCUUUGCCGAGGUGAUGGGCACGACGACGGAGAUCAUCGACGCCAUCCACAACCUCGACAAGUGGGCCAAGACGGAGAAGCCGUGGUCGGGCAUGGCGUGGGCCAUGCACGGCGCCGCCGUGCGGAAGGAGCCCAAGGGCACCGUGCUCGUGCUUGGCGCCUGGAACUACCCGAUCUCGGUCCAGGUCGGCCCGCUGAUUGGCGCCAUCGCUGCCGGCUGCACCGCCGUGCUCAAGCCUUCUGAGGUCUCGCCGAACUCGGCCCGCCUGCUCGCUGAGCUGUGGCCCAAGUACAUGGACCCCGAGACAACGCGCGUCGUCAACGGCGCGAUCCCCGAGACGACGGCGCUGCUGGACUGCCGCUGGGAGCACAUCUUCUACACGGGCAACGGCACCGUCGGCCGCAUUGUGGCCGAGAAGGCGGCCAAGUGGCUCUGCCCCACGACGCUCGAGCUUGGCGGCAAGUCGCCCGCCUUCGUCGACGAGAGCGCCAACAUCAGCAUCGCCGCGCACCGCAUCCUCUGGGGCAAGUCGCUCAACUGCGGCCAGACCUGCAUUGCGCCCGACUACGUGCUCUGCACCAAGGCUGUGCAGGAGAAGCUCGUCGAGGAGCUCAAGAAGGCUGCCGCCGAGUUCUGGCCCGAGAGCAAGGGCGGUGUCGUCAAGUCUGACGACUACGGCCGCAUCAUCAACCACGGCCACUGGAAGCGCCUGAACCAGAUGAUCGGCGGCACGGGCGGCCGCAUCGUCAUGGGCGGCGAGAAGGACGAGAGCAGCAAGAUGCUGGCGCCGACCGUCGUGGCCGACGUGCCGCGCGACGAUGCCAUCAUGCAGGGCGAGAUCUUCGGCCCGGUGCUGCCGAUUGUGACGGUGCGCGACGUGCAGGAUGCCGUCGACUUCAUCAACUCGCGCGACCAGCCGCUCGCACUCUACUCCUUCGGCUCGAGCAAGGCGACGCAGGAGCUCUUCGACGGCACGCGCUCGGGCGCCGCCGUGCAGGGCGACGUGCUCGUGCACUUUGCCGUUGGCUCGCUGCCGUUCGGCGGCACUGGCCCGUCGGGCUACGGCUCGUACCACGGCAAGGGCUCGUUCGACACCUUCAGCCACCAGCGCGCCACGCUCAACGCGCCGCACACGGGCAUCAUGGGCAAGAUCGUCGAGAAGCUCAUGGCUGCGCGCUACCCGCCCUACACCAACGCCAACCUGGCGCAGUUCGCCUCGCUCGUCGGCAAGAAGCCCAACUUCUCGCGCCCGCGCAACCCGCACGCCAGCGUCUCGACCAAGAGUCCAGCGGCAGUCUAAGCUCUAAGCUUACGCUCAUCGUCCUUGCGCUCGGCAUCAUCCUUGGCGCUCGCCAGCGCGGCCUCAUCACUGCCUUCUAAGCAGCAUCUCCACGGCCUUCCGAUCGUCCACAGUCACCUG